AACCCAGAAAGGUGUAAGCAAUAAGGCGUUGUCUCCCCGAAUCUUGUGAUAUUACCAUAUUGCUUGCGCCUAUCCCGUUUUAAUAGAUGUGCAAACGCCAAGAGGUUAGGACAUUGGAGGUGGUGACAAAAUAGUGUUCGGACCGGUCCAAAGAGACACAGCUCCCACCGGAGGAUGCUGUGUCCUGACAUUCCGUCGUCGCAUACACUCAUUCAUCAGAGGCACUUUGGGUGCAGCCAUGGCGGCGCCCUUUGCACAUUUCGGUGACGAGUGGCACGAUUUUAAGGAAUUUGAGCCGGUCUCAGAGCAGGGGACUCGGAUGGACCGAGUAAACUUGGUUGCCGAGCAGUUGACAGGCGUUCUGAGGGUCCUUCCAGAGCUCAACAACAGCUUUUCGGGCGAAAUAGGCAGCUUCAAGUCCAUGGAAGAUCUGGUGACUGAUUUCGACGAGAAAUUGGCAGUGUGUUUCCGAAAUGUCAACACCCAAACGGAGAACAUUGCCCCUGUAAACAUUAUCGCCGAGGACACAACGUUGAGGAACGACGAGAUCUGGGAUGCUCUCGCAGAUAAUUAUGGUAAUGUCAUGGCAGUGGAUUGGAAACAGUCUCGAACACGCUCCCUCCAUCUCCCCAAUCUAAUCCUCAAAGACGAACCAAGGGUGGAUGAUGUAACACUGGAGCUGUCCGACGAUGAGCUGAGGGAACAGAUGGACAUGCACACCAUCAUCGUCUCCUGCCUCAAUGACGAACCCCUCUUCACCGCAGAACAGGUUAUUGAGGAGAUAGAGGAGAUGAUGCAGGACUCUCCUGACUUGGGGGCAGAGCAGAACCACCCCUCUCAGUCAGAUCUCUCCAUGCUCUCUCUGGACAUCCAGCGCCCCAGAACAAACCACAGCUAUGAAGAGCGAGAGAUGACCCUGUGUGUAGCAGAGCUGAAUGAGCGGCUAGAGGAGGUGGAGAUGACCAUCAGACAUUACAGUGAGGAGCUGAUUCAACACCUGGCCCUCAGGGACGAGCUGGACUUUGAAAAAGAGGUGAAGAACAGCUUCAUCUCUAUCCUGAUAGAUGUGCAAAACAGACAGAAGGAACACAGGGAACUACUGAAGAAAAAUAAAAAACUCAAGAGUGGUGCCGGGGCCCCUCAGGGCCGACCAGAGAGAACACAAGCACUAGGAUCACGCUUUAGCAUGGUGGGGCUCUCCUCUGCCAUUCAAAAUGGCUUCCGGCAAACUUUUGGGAGUGGUGGGAGUGAAAGACAGUAUCUGACCACAGUCAUUCCAUAUGAGAAGAAAGGAGGCCCUCCAUCGGUGGAAGAUCUUCAGAUCCUUACCCAAAUCCUGCAAGCUAUGAGAGACGACAGUGACAAGGUGCCCAGGCUUCUGACCGACUACAUUCUCAAAGCUCUGGUGUGAGAGCUGUGGACAGAGAGUGCUUUGCCCAACAUAGACUGGAAGGACAAUAAUGGACAUUUUGGAAACGAGGUGAGGGAUCUGGUUUCAAUGUCAACAAGCAAAAUGAAGAGGACUCACUCAGUGUAUAAAAAAUAAAAACACAAGCACACUGAAUUUAUUCUUUAGGAUGCAUGGUAUUUUACCUCAAGUUGCUCCUUUUUGUGUAACACCCCAUAAAUGUUUUAUACCUCAUUCAGUUUUAUUUUCUCUGUGUUGAGCAUGGUGAUUUCACAAACCUUGUGUAUUUGACAACUUCAUGUAUUGUUUUAUUGUUUUUACUUUAAGUGCAGUGUAAAAUACAGUACUCAAAGUCAUAAGAAAGAUAAAAUUGACUAAAUUGACUGUGCCUUUAAACAGCUUGGAAUCUCCAGAAAAUGAUGUCAUGGCUUUAGAAGCUGCUGAUAGGCUAAUUGACAUCAUCUAUCGUUGUCUCUGAUUGAGAACCAUACUUACCUACCCUUUUCCCCCACCUGUUGUGUGGAAAAUUUACUUUGUAGUUGUUCAGGACACAUAGCCCAAAGCUUCACGGUUUGGUUUUUUGUUCUUUGUUUUGUCGGCGUCAUUUUUAAAUAAAGUUCAAAUGUA